AUGAUUUUAAUCAAUGGUCCUGAUAUAGAAGAUUUUGACUUUGAAAAAGCAUACGAUAAUUGGAUUAAUUUAAAAGCAAGGCGGAUGCAAAAUGUAGUAAAUUCUCAAGAAGGAAUGACGAAAGAAUUAAAAAGGAAAAGAGGGAAAAAAGUAAUUGAGAGUGAAGGAGAUGAAGGUUGUAGUGGCGACGAAGGAAAAAAUAAAAUUAAAAAAAAUAGUAAAAAAUUAAAAAUAGUUACAAAAAAUAUGAUGUUAGAAAAUAGUAAAGAUAACGUAUUUAGAUUAGGGGAAUAUGAUAAACAUAAAUGGGGAUAUAAAAAUAAUGGUAUUGUUCCAGAUUUAAUUAGAUUAUAG